AUGGCAGGAAUUCGACAGAGCAAAUUUAAGCACGUAUUUGGGAAGGCCCUUAAGCGCGACGAAUGCUAUGAAAAUGUUGCGAUCACCAAAGGCACACACGACUCCUGGUUAUGCGCAGUAAAUUUGAAGUAUCUUGCAAUUAUUACGGAGUCUGCUGGUGGUGGCGCAUUCACUGUCAUUCCGAUUGAAAAGACAGGCCGACUUCCUCCGGAUUUGCCUCUUGUUACGGGUCAUACUGCCGCUGUUCUCGAUAUUAAAUGGUGUCCUUUCGAUGACAGAGUGAUUGCUAGCGCAUCAGAAGAUUGCACUAUAAAAAUUUGGCAAAUUCCUGAUGGUGGAAUCCCAAAAGAACCUCUGCAUGAUCCACUUACAACUUUGCUUGGUCAUCAACGUCGCGUCAACUUGAUAGUAUGGCAUCCAACUGCGGAACAUGUGCUUGUUUCGGCAGGCGCCGACAACAUGAUUUUCGUUUGGGACAUCAAAAAUCCCUCACCCGUUCAGUCAAUUAAGCUACCGGACAUUGCUACGAGCCUGUCUUUCAAUACAAACGGAUCGAAACUGGCUGUGUGCUGCAAGGAUGGCGUGACCCGUAUCAUCGAUCCAAGGAAAGGGGACAUACUUGAGUCGGGGACCUGCCACGAGGGUAAAAAGCCGCAACAGUGUGUCUUCCUGUCGGACAACCGCCUCUUUACAACUGGCUUCUCCCGAAUGAGUGAGCGGCAGUUGGCAUUGUGGGACGCAGACAACCUGAAUAAACACCUGUGUAAGCAGGAGCUCGACACCUCUAACGGUGUCCUCUUUCCCUUUUACGAUCCAGACUGCCAACUGAUAUACGUCUGCGGCAAGGGUGACAGCACCAUACGCUAUUUCGAAUAUGUGCCCGAGGAUGGCCAAAUCUACUUCCUAAGUCGCUACGACAGCUCCGAUCCCCAGCGCGGUUUUGCUUUUAUGCCCAAAUUGGGUUUGGAUACUCACACCAACGAGAUUGCUCGUCUCUACAAAUUGCACAACAAGAACUGGUGUGAAGUCAUUUCCUUUACCGUACCCCGAAAGGCCGCCCUCUUCCAAGACGACCUAUACCCGAAUACGGCCGCACCAAUCCCCGCUCUGUCGGCCGAGGAAUGGCUAGCUGGCAAAGACGCUGACCCAAAAAUGUCUUCCUCCUUUACAAGCUCUGCAUGCAAAUGUUGA